CCCCCCCUUUUUUCCCUAUUUCUUUAUCCUCUCCUAUCUCACCUUCACUGCAUCUGGUUGCUAGUAUAGAUUAUAUUUUUAUAAACUAUGGCCAGCACAAUAGCCCAUGCUGAGGAAUACCAGAAUGCUGGGUGAGUGCUCCCUCUAUGCUUUUCCUGUGUCCUCUUACAUCACACCCCUCCCUUCUACUGGGCGGCAGGGAAUCGCUGCUGUGAACAUAGAAGUGGCAGCACAUCAGGAUAUUUUCCAGAAGUAGCCAUUGAUCAUAUGGCUCUUUUUCAAUUGUCUUCAGCUCCCCGGCUCAGAUCCCUGCUUGCCCUCUCUCUCCUUCUUUUUCUCUUGCUCUCCCGCACACCACCGCCGCUUCCCCCCCACGUCAUCACGACCGUUGAUUUGCGCCGCGCAGUUUUCGACAACAACUCUGCUAACAUGGGUGGUGUGUAUAGCACGAUCGAGCUCAAGGAUGACACCAUCAUCGUGGUCCUAGGCGCUUCGGGUGACCUGGCCAAGAAGAAGACGUUCCCUGCCCUAUUUGGUCUCUACCGCAACAAGUUCCUACCCAAGGGAAUCAGAAUCGUCGGUUAUGCCCGGACGAAGAUGGACCAUGCCGAGUACAUCAAGCGCGUCAAAUCCUACAUCAAGGUCCCCACAAAGGAGAUCGAGGAGCAGCUGGAGAGCUUCUGUGAGAUCUGCACCUACAUCUCCGGCCAGUACGACCAGGAUGAUUCGUUCAUCAACCUCAACAACCACCUGGAGGAGCUCGAAAAGGGCCAGAAGGAGCAGAACAGAGUAUUCUACAUGGCCUUGCCGCCCAGUGUUUUCAUCACCGUCUCCGAUCACCUGAAGAAGAACUGCUAUCCCUCCAACGGCAUUGCCCGUAUCAUCGUCGAGAAGCCUUUCGGUAAAGAUCUCCGUAGCUCCCGCGAACUGCAGAAGGCUCUCGAGCCCGACUGGAAGGAGGAUGAGAUCUUCCGUAUCGAUCACUACCUGGGCAAGGAGAUGGUCAAGAACAUCCUCAUCCUCCGAUUCGGUAACGAGUUCUUCGGUGCCACCUGGAACCGCCACCACAUUGAUAACGUUCAGAUCACAUUCAAGGAGCCUUUCGGAACCGAGGGACGUGGCGGUUACUUUGAUGAAUUCGGCAUUAUCCGUGAUGUCAUGCAGAACCACCUUCUCCAGGUCCUGACUCUCCUCGCCAUGGAGCGCCCCAUCUCCUUCUCCGCUGAGGAUAUCCGUGACGAGAAGGUCCGUGUCCUCCGCGCUAUGGAUGCCAUCGAGCCCAAGAACGUCAUCAUCGGUCAGUACGGUCGGUCCCUGGACGGCAGCAAGCCUGCCUACAAGGAGGACGACACGGUUCCUAAGGAGUCGCGCUGCCCGACCUUCUGUGCCAUGGUGGCCUACAUCAAGAACGAGAGAUGGGAUGGCGUCCCCUUCAUCCUCAAGGCCGGCAAAGCCCUCAACGAGCAAAAGACCGAGAUCCGUAUUCAGUUCCGGGAUGUCACCUCCGGUAUUUUCAAGGACAUUCCCCGUAACGAGCUCGUGAUCCGUGUGCAGCCCAACGAGUCCGUGUAUAUCAAGAUGAACUCAAAGCUUCCCGGUCUUUCCAUGCAGACCGUCGUGACGGAGCUGGACCUUACCUACCGCCGUCGUUUCUCCGACCUGAAGAUCCCCGAGGCGUACGAGUCCCUGAUCCUCGACGCUCUCAAGGGCGACCACUCUAACUUCGUCCGUGACGAUGAGCUUGACGCCAGCUGGAGAAUCUUCACUCCUCUGCUUCAUUACCUUGACGACAACAAGGAGAUCAUUCCCAUGGAAUACCCCUAUGGCUCCCGUGGACCCGCCGUGCUGGACGACUUCACCGCGUCCUUCGGCUACAAGUUCAGCGAUGCUGCCGGCUACCAGUGGCCUCUGACUUCUGCGCCCAACCGCCUGUAGAGAAAAGGCUGUGCGGUGCACAGUCCCGGAUUCCAAAAAUUCUAGUUCUUCACUCUUGUUACGGCACGGAAGGAUAAUGUUUUCUUCUUCUUCCUUUCUUUUUCCUUUUCCUUCUCGGAUCAAAUGACAAAUGAUAUGCGGUGUUUUCUCUUUUUCUUCUUUUUUUUUUUUUUUUUUUCUCUCAUAAUGGUUCCCCAGCUCGGCUAGCAGGAGUCAAUUGAUGUUAAGUUACACGAUGCUUGCUGCCUUAGAAUAACUAGUUAUUUUGAGGAUGACGAGUGGGGGGUACAGAUGGUCCUGCCCUCGCUUUGUUGUCCUAUUGAACAUAAAAGAAUGCAAUCAAUCAUCCCA